AAACAAUUUCAUUAAGUGAAAAAUACGUAGCAGAAAAUAACCCGAAGCCAAAAAAAAACAUCAACAGCCACAGCCCGAGCUAAAGGCAAGUCAAAGUGAUGGCGACACAAGUCCUUGGCAGUGGCAGAACUUGUAUUUAUACCCAAGAAUAAAAAAGGUUUAACUGCACCUCGCCGCAUAAAACUCCGUGAAAAUGAGCGCUGUAGAUGCCAUCAUCAACUAUAAACGCAGUCCCAAUGAGGACUUUUACGCUCUGCUCCACUGCGAUGAGACCUCUUCGCCGGAGCAAAUCCAGGCAGAGUACAAGGCGCUGGCACUUCAGUAUCAUCCGGACAAGAACAGCGGCGACAAGGAGGCGGAGGCCAAGUUCCAGCAGCUAAAGGAGGCCAAGGAGACCUUGUGCGAUCCGGAGAAGCGGGCCGUUUACGACAAGUGGCGCAACAGCGGCAUCUCAAUGAGCUACAAGCAGUGGCUGGGCAUGAAGGAGCACGUCGGCCAGGUGAGAAGAUACACAAUUGCCGAGAAGGUGGAUAAAGAGUCCAUGCAUUGGGCCACACCUAAGACCAAGGACCGCAUGCUACCGGAGACCGGAGCCGCAGCCGGUUUGGGAGGCGCUAGCUGCAGCAGCGGCGGCGGCGGCCUCACAGCCGCCUCCCCAAAUCCAGCCCAUCGACGCGCCUCUGAAGGCGGAGCCGCUCUCUACUACGGCAAUCGCAAAGCCGAGUGGGGCUCUGAGAACACCGAUGUGGCUAAUAAAUUCCGAAACUACGAGAUCUAAGCGACAUUCAAAGAAUGUUGUGACGUGUUGUAGACGUGAUGAUUAUCGUUGCUAAGAGAUAAACUUGGACAGAGUCGAGCAGAGUACAUUUUAGGCAUAUUUUUAGCCCCUCAGAGGGCAGUAUAUCUCGAUGUGAAUUUGAAUAACACAUAUUCCAAUUACAAAUAUUAUUGAACAAAACAAAUACAAGACAUAUACUAAGCGACAAAAUAUAUAUAUCGAAAGAGCAUGGAGUAUUGACAAGCGAAGUUACGCAAACUACAAAAUAUUAUUAACCAACUCUACUUACAUACAUAUAUACACAUAAUAUAUAAAGGAGUACGUUGUUCUAUAUACAGGCAUAGUACAUAUAUUGAUGUGAAAUUAUAGCGUGCGUUGCAAACAAAUUAUAUAAAUGUUUAUAGGUGUAUAAAAAUAUGAAAAAUGGUAAUUAUAUAUAAAAGAAACUGUAAUUUCAAUAAACACACGGCUUGGAUGCGACGAGAGGUUAAAGUUAAGCUUAAGUGACACAUUUAAAAGAAAUUAGUCAAAUUUUAAAUGUAUUUUUCAGUGGUUAAUGUCAAAAUGACUCACAUAUACAAGCACACACUAUAUAAUGAAUAUAUUUAUCUACAACUAUUUGUAUAUUGAUGUUUGUAUGUACCAUGUGCCCCUAUAAGACAAUCCCUUUGGAAGUGUUUACCAGUGCACUAAAAAAAAAAUUGAUAACUCUAACUAAACCUAGCAUCAAAAUGCCCACCACACAGAACUUAUUUAAUGAGAAAAAGUAAAAAAAAAAUCCCUACAAAAGCGAAUUUAACAACUAUAUACACACACAAGAAAUUGCAUGGUCAAAAAAAAAACAAAAAAGAAAAUUAAAAAAAAAACUUUCACUUGGUGUCCUUUAAUAUGCAAACCCAAAAUUUGCAAACAAAACUAAAUAACUAAACUAUUUUAUUUAUUUACGAGAAAGAAGAGUCACUCGAAGACUAGCUUAAAAAUAAAUACCUAAACA